AUGUUGUCUCAGAAGCAAGCAGAAGAAGCUAUUGUCUCGAACUUCAAUGAGACAGAACAUGACAGCAAAGAUGAAGAGACAGUUGAAGAUCAGUCCAUGUUCAGCGUCAAGAGCUUCCUUUGGCAUGGUGGCUCCGCUUGGGAUGCUUGGUUCAGUUGCGCUUCAAAUCAAGUUGCUCAAGUGCUGUUGACACUACCGUACUCUUUCUCCCAAUUGGGAAUGCCAUCUGGUAUCGUGCUUCAAAUAUUCUAUGGCCUAAUUGGAAGCUGGACAGCCUAUCUCAUUAGUGUUCUUUACAUUGAGUAUCGCAGCAGAAAGGAGAAAGAAGGUGUUAGCUUCAAGAACCAUGUCAUUCAGUGGUUUGAAGUGCUGGAUGGGUUGCUGGGUCCUUAUUGGAAAGCAGUGGGUUUAGCCUUCAACUGUACUUUUCUUCUUUUUGGAUCUGUUAUCCAACUUAUAGCCUGUGCAAGUAAUAUAUACUACAUCAAUGAUCGAUUGGAUAAGAGGACGUGGACAUACAUAUUUGGAGCUUGUUGUGCAACCACUGUUUUCAUUCCCUCUUUUCACAACUACCGGAUUUGGUCUUUUCUUGGCCUUGGGAUGACCACUUAUACGGCCUGGUACUUGACCAUAGCUGCCAUCGUUCAUGGCCAGGUCGGAGACGUACAACACUCGGCUCCAGCAAAGAUAGUGCUGUACUUCACUGGCGCCACCAAUAUACUAUACACCUUUGGUGGACAUGCUGUCACCGUGGAAAUAAUGCAUGCAAUGUGGAAACCCCAAAAGUUCAAGUACAUUUACUUAUUUGCCACAUUAUAUGUUUUCACCCUAACUAUACCAUCGGCUUCUGCCGUUUACUGGGCAUUCGGCGAUCAGCUUCUCGACCACUCCAAUGCGUUCUCCCUCCUCCCUAAGAACGGUUGGCGUGAUGCAGCCGUUAUCCUCAUGCUCAUUCACCAGUUUAUCACAUUCGGAUUUGCAUGUACACCACUGUACUUUGUAUGGGAGAAGGUAAUAGGCAUGCAUGACACAAGAAGUAUGUGUCUGAGGGCACUUGCAAGGCUGCCGGUGGUGAUACCAAUAUGGUUCUUAGCUAUUAUCUUCCCAUUCUUCGGCCCCAUUAACUCUGCAGUUGGGGCUCUUUUAGUUAGUUUCACCGUCUACAUAAUCCCGGCUCUCGCCCAUAUGCUCACCUACAGGAAAGCCACCGCCCGUCUGAAUGCUGCUGAAAAGCCCCCAUCUUUCAUGCCAAGCUGGACGGCGAUGUACGCAAUCAACAUCUUUAUUGUGGCUUGGGUUUUUGUGAUUGGGUUCGGGUUUGGAGGAUGGGCGAGCAUGACCAAUUUCGUGAAACAAGUUGACACGUUUGGGCUUUUUGCCAAAUGUUAUCAGUGCAAGCCUCCAACACCCCCGCAUCUGAACUCAACGACGACUUCGCAUCAUUGA